AAAGUGAAUGUGGUUUAUCCUGCAGGUUAAAAAUGGUUAAAGAAUGGAAGAAUGAUGGGAUGGAUCUAAAUAUGGGCUGUGGGACAGGCACGUCACUUUCCUCCCUCUGCCUUGCCCUCCUGCUAUUCCAGCUCUUUAGCUGUAGUUGUCGGGGUCACCAAUUUCAAGAACCAGCAUUGCCUGCAACCUUCCAGUUUACAUACUCCCUGUACAAUGCCACUAUCUACGAGAACUCUGCUGCAAGGACCUAUGCCAACAGCAAAGUUAAAAUGGGGAUAAGCCUGACUGAUCCGUUGUGGGACAUUAAAUACAGGAUUAUUUCUGGAGAUGAAGACAGCUUCUUCAAAGCAGAAGAAGUUUUACUUGGGGAUUUCUGUUUCCUCAGGAUAAGGACUAAGGGGGGCAAUUCUGCCAUAUUAAACAGGGAAGUUCAGAACCACUAUUUGCUUAUUGUGAAAGCUGCAAUUAGAGGGGAAGCCCUGGAGGCAUGGACAAAAGUGAAUAUUCAAGUUUUGGAUAUGAAUGAUUUGCGGCCUUUAUUUUCUCCAACCACAUAUUCUGUAACAAUUCCUGAAAAUACACCAUUAAGAACUAGUAUUGCACAAGUGACAGCGACUGAUGCAGAUAUAGGAUCAAAUGGAGAAUUUUAUUACUAUUUUAAAGAUAGAGUUGACAUCUUUGCUGUUCAUCCAACUAGUGGCAUAGUUUCCCUAAGUGGCAAAUUGAACUUCGAUGAGAGAAACCAAUAUGACCUGGAGGUAUUAGCAGUGGAUCGUGGAAUGAAACUUUAUGGAAACAAUGGAGUAAGCAGUACAGCGAAACUAGUCAUUCAUAUCGAUAGAAUCAAUCAACAUGCCCCAAUCCUAAGCGUGGUGACUCACAUUCCUUCCUUGAUAGACAGUGAUCCCAUUUAUGCCAUUGUGACUAUAGAUGACCUGGAUGAUGGAAUUAAUGGGGAAAUUGAAUCAAUAUCUAUUGUGGCAGGUGAUCCUUUAGAACAGUUCCAUCUUGUUAGAACUAGGUUAGGAGGCAGGGAGUAUAGGAUAAAGUUAGCAAAGACAGUGAUCUGGGAAGACUUUCCCUAUGGCUAUAAUCUUACCCUUCAAGCAAAAGAUAAGGGGACCCCUCAGAAAUUCUCUGCAGUGAAAAUUGUACAUAUUGGAAAUCCGGAGGAAAAUGAAAACCAAGUAACUUUUGAAGAGGAUGUGUAUGAAGUGGAACUGAAUGAAUUUGCUCCUCCUGGAGUAGCUGUUGUUGCUAUUAAACUAAAGCCGGAACCACAAAAUGUGAAAUAUAAACUUAGUGCAACUGAAGAUGCUCGUCAUUUCUACAUUAAUCCCAAAACAGGUCUGAUUACCACAGCACAACAUAUACGAAUCCUUGAGAGAGAGCAUUUUGUCUUAGAGGUAAUGAGCAAUGUCAAUGAAAUUAAAGUGCGCGUCAUCAUAAAGGUUGAAGAUGCCAAUGAUCACACUCCAGAGUUUCACCAAUUGUCAUAUGAGGCAUUUAUCAAUGAAAGCGUGCCUAUUGGUAGCAGUGUGUUAGUUGUUUCUGCCAUUGACAAUGAUCAAGGAGAAAAUGGAUACGUGACAUAUAGCAUUGACAAACUGAAUUCAUUGCCUUUUGUUAUAAACCAGUUUACAGGUCUCAUCAGCACAAGUGGACAACUGGAUUUUGAGUCCCCAUCUCAGAGUUACAGGUUUUUUGUUCGCGCCUCAGAUUGGGGUUCACCUUAUCGACGUGAGAGUGAGGUAAAUGUAACAGUACAUGUGGAAAAUGUUAAUGACAAUAAACCCCUGUUUGAAAGAGUGGACUGCCAGGGAGUGAUUUCACGUGAGUUUCCUGUUGGUGAACAAAUAACUACUGUUUCAGCUAUUGAUGUUGAUGAACUGGAACUGGUAAAAUACAGAAUUGUAUCUGGAAAUGAAUUUGGAUUCUUUGAUCUAAAUUCAGACUCUGGUGUACUUUUCUUAACAAAAGAAUUGGAUAACGCAAAUCCAAAAGAUGGACUCUUUUCACUUCAGAUAACAGCUACGGAUGGCGAGAAUAUUGCUGACCCAAUGUUUCUUAAUAUUUCAUUGGAGCACGGUAAGCUGACUACAAAGGAUUAUGUGUGCAGAGAAACUGGAGUUGCUAAGAAACUAACUGAAAAAUUGCUCAAAAGAGUUAAAGUAAACAAGUCAAAGAUGGAGGACUUAUUCCUUGAUCUCUAUUCAAUUAACAGACAGCCUCCACAGUUUGAUAAAUCCUUUCCUUCUCAGGUAGCCAUUAAGGAAGAUCUGCCAGUUGGCAGUACUAUUGUUAAGGUCCCAGCUUCUGAUGCAGAUAGUAGCUUCAAUGGCAAAGUUGUAUACACCAUCUCUGAUGGAAAUGUUGAUAGCUGUUUUAAUAUUGAAAUGGAAACAGGAUGGCUAACAGUUUUGAUGCCAAUGGAUCGUGAAUUAACUGAUAAAUACAUUCUAAAUAUCACUGUUUAUGACUUGGGGUAUCCUCCAAAGUGUGCCUGGAGACUGAUGACCAUCUAUAUCCAAGAUGCUAAUGAUAACAAGCCUCGUUUUUUGCUGGAGAGUUACUCCGUUAGCAUUCCAGAAGAUACAGUGAUUGGUACAGAAGUAGUUCAGAUUGAGGCCACAGAUGAAGAUCUGGACCGCAACGGUGAAAUAAUUUAUACACUAUUAACAGACACCCACCAAUUUGCUAUUAAUGCCUCAACUGGCAUUGUUUAUGUGACUGGGUUGCUUGAUCGGGAAUUAAUUACAAACUGUACAUUGAAAAUAGAAGCCUGUGACCAAGCUGACACUGGUCAUCAACAGUGUUCAGUUGUGGCUUUGGAGAUCAUUUUUGCAGAUGUCAAUGACAAUGCUCCCCAUUUCGUUCCUUCAAGCUACUUUGUUAAGGUGCUCGAAGAUAUGCCUGUCAGCGCUGUGGUAACAUGGCUUGAAGCUCAUGAUCCCGACCUUGGCUUGGGUGGCCAGGUGCGCUACUCUUUGGGAAAUGAUUAUAACGGGAAGUUUGAAAUUGACCGAAGCAGUGGAGCUGUGCGCCUGUCAAAAGAGCUGGACUUUGAGAAACAGCAGUUUUACAACCUGACAAUUCGUGUUAAAGAUAAAGGUCGGCCAAUAUCCUUGUCUUCAGUAUCCUUUAUAGAAAUUGAAGUGGUUGACGUGAAUGAAAAUCUUUAUGCACCACAGUUUCCAGAGUUUGCUAAAAUGGCAUCAGUCAAGGAAAACGCACCAAUUGGGACAUGCGUUCUGCAGGUGACAGCAAAAGAUGAUGAUGAUGGAAGGGAUGGACAGAUUCAGUACUCCAUUCGGGAUGGCAGUGGCCUUGGGCGUUUCACAGUAACUGAGAACACAGGUGUUAUUAGUACAGCUGAUGUACUCGAUCGUGAAACGACUGCAUCCUACUGGCUUACUGUGUAUGCUACUGACCGUGGAGUUGUUCCAUUGUUUUCAUCCAUUGAGAUCUAUAUUGAGGUUGAAGAUGAAAAUGACAAUGCGCCAAUAUCAUCUCAACCUAUUUAUCAUCCAUCCAUAAUGGAAAAUUCUCCCAAGGAUGUUCCCAUUGUGCAGAUUCAGGCCUAUGAUCCAGACUCCAGUUCCAGUGAUAAAAUGACUUUUAGGAUUACAAGUGGGAAUCCCCAGAAUUUCUUUACUAUUAACUCCAAGACAGGUCUAAUCAUGACUACAUCAAGGAAACUGGAUCGAGAGCAGCAGGCAGAGCAUGUUCUAGAGGUGAUGGUGACAGAUGGCAGCUCCUCUCCAAAAUACUCCACUGUGUGGGUGGUGGUACAUGUGUUGGAUGAGAAUGAUAAUAAGCCCCAGUUUCCUCAGAAGGUAUAUCAAAUUAAACUUCCAGAGCGGGACCGCAAGAAACGGAGUGAGCCCAUUUAUAGAACAUUUGCAUUUGACAAGGACAAAGGGCCCAAUGCAGAAAUUUCCUACAGCAUCGUGGAUGGAAAUGAUGAUGGGAAGUUUUUCAUUGACCCCAAAACUGGAAUGGUGUCCUCCAGGAAACAGUUUACAGCUGGAAAUUAUGACAUCUUGACCAUUAAGGCAGUGGACAAUGGAAGACCACAGAAGUCUUCCACUGCACGUUUGCACAUUGAGUGGAUUAAGAAACCGGAACCAUCUUCCAUUCCCCUCAGUUUUGACGAACUGUUUUACAACUUCACAGUGAUGGAGAAUGACAGAGUGAAUGAAAUUGUGGGUGUGGUCACAGUUCAGCCAAGUAACAUUCCUCUUUGGUUUGAUAUUGUGGGUGGGAAGCAAGCUCGAGAGAUGUUCUAUGUUUAUCAGACAGCUUGUGGCCAGAACUGUUCCAGAGAAGGUGGAAAUUAUGAAAACACAUUUGAAAUAGAGAAGGGUGUUGGCACAAUUGUUAUUGCAAAACCACUGGAUACUGAGCACAGGGCCACAUAUAAUAUGACUGUGGAAGCCACUGAUGGGACAAGUUCAGCUGCCACACAGGUAUUUAUAAGAAUACUCGACAACAAUGAUAAUGGCCCUGUGUUCUCCCAGCUGAGCUAUGAUGUUACCAUUUCUGAGGACACUGCCAUAGAUACUGAAAUUCUGCACAUUAAAGCUACUGACAAGGAUGAGAAAAGCAAGUUGACCUACUCUAUCCACAGCAGUAUAGAUCCAAUGAGCAUGCGCAAGUUUAAACUUGACCACGGUACGGGCAAGUUGAGCAUAGCUGAAAAAUUGGAUCAUGAAGCACAGGCUCAGCACAGUUUGACUGUAAUGGUCCGAGAUCAAGAGUUUCCAUAUCGACGUAACUUGGUACGGGUUUUAGUAAAUGUAGAUGAUGCCAACGAUCAUGCCCCAUACUUCACUAGCGUUGUGUAUGAUGGUUCGGUUUUUGAGUCUGCUGCUUAUGGCUCUGCUGUGUUGCAAGUUACAGCCCUAGACAAGGACAAUGGUCAAAAUGCUGAACUACUAUACAGUAUUGAAGGAGGUAACAAUGAGAACACUUUUAAAAUCGAACCAGUUUUGGGAAUUAUUACUGUUUCUAAAGAACUUGAUCUCUCAUCCCUCGGCCAGUUUGUUUUGACUGUUAAAGUGACUGAUCGGGGUUUCCCAGCCCUUUCUGCUACUGCAAUUGUACGUAUCUCUGUGACUUUCUCGGACAAUUCACAACCCAAGUUCCCUCAGAAAGAAUACAUGAUCGAGGUCAAUGAAAAUGCCAGUGUUGGUACCUCAGUGAUUAUUAUCUCAGCAGUGAGUCAAUCCACAAUAGUUUAUGAAAUAAAAGAUGGAAAUCCAGAAAGUGUGUUCUCAAUAAACCCUUAUUCUGGAGUCAUUAGUGUACAGAAAGCACUUGAUUAUGAACAAUUUCCUUUCUAUCAGCUGAUCAUUCAGGCAACCAACAUGGCAGGAAUGUCUUCAAACAUUACCAUCAGUAUUCAUGUUGUUGAUGAAAAUGACAAUCCUCCGAUAUUUCUGCAUUCAAUAUACUCGGGUAGCAUUAGUGAGGCUGCUCCAGUCAACAGUGCUGUUUUAAUUACUGACAACAACCCACUUGUUAUAAGAGCCACUGAUGCAGAUUGCAACCAGAAUGCUUUGCUUGUCUAUCAAAUUGUUGAAUCAACAGCAAAGAAAUAUUUUUCAGUUGAUUCAAAUACAGGGGCAAUCAGGACUAUAGCAAAUCUCGAUCAUGAAACAAUUCCAAUUUUCCAUUUCCAAGUUCAUGUCAGAGACAGUGGAAAUCCACAGCUCAUGGCUGAAUCUCCAGCAGAGGUUACCAUUCAUGUGACUGACAUCAACGAUUCACCACCAAAGUUUAGCCAAGAUGUGUAUGAAACUGUUCUUCUCCUGCCAACAUAUAGUGGUGUUGAGGUUCUCACUGUGUCAGCCUCAGAUCCUGACUUUCAAGUAUUAUCAGAAUUAACUUAUACGUUGACAGAUGGAAAUACAGGAAAUUAUUUUUUGAUUGGUCUGAAAAGUGGAUUGAUCACUGUAAAGAAUCACACUCUUGUUGAAGAACUCUAUAGACUUACUGUUCGUGUAUCUGACGGGAAGUUCAGCAGCACAACUCUGAUAAAAAUAAAAGUGAAGGAUGCAAUUGACAGUGGUCUACAAUUUACUCAAAAUUUUUAUUCGUCUUCCAUCUUGGAGAACAGCACAGAAAUAAAAAAAGUGGCUGUGGUAAAUGCAGUAGGUAACCGGCUUAAUGAGCCGUUGAAAUACAGAAUUUUGAACCCCGGCGACAAAUUUACAAUUAAAUCCACUUCAGGAAUUGUGCAAACGAUGCCGGUGUCAUUUGACAGGGAAGAACAAGAGUUGUAUGAGUUAGUUGUGGAAGCAAGUCGUGAGUAUGAUCCUUGGUGUGUUGCACGGGUAGUCAUUAGAGUCCAGGUUGAAGACAUUAAUGAUAAUCCACCUAUAUUUGUAGGCCUUCCUUAUUAUGCCGCAGUUCAAGUUGAUGCAGAACCAGGUGCUGUUAUAUAUCACAUCACAGCUAUGGACCGUGACAAGGGUAAAAAUGGAGAAGUAACUUACUUUCUUAGAGAUGGGUAUGGUCACUUUGAGAUUGAUCAGAACACAGGUGUUGUCAUGUUAAAAGAACCUUUUGAAUUUGAUUUAUCGAAUGUUGAAUAUGAUGUUGUAGUCAUUGCAAAAGAUGGGGGUUCUCCUUCUCUUUCCACAUUUGUAGAACUGCCUAUCACAGUAGUUAAUAAAGCAAUGCCUGUCUUUGCAAAACCAUUUUAUGCAAGAACUAUUAAUGAAGACAUCCAACCAUACACCCCUAUCCUCAGCAUCAAUGCCACAAGUCCUGAAGGUCAAAGUCUAAUAUAUACCAUUACUGAUGGAAAUCCCUUAAAGCAAUUCAGUAUAAAUUUUGAUACAGGGGUCAUGAGUGUCAUUCGCCCUCUGGACUAUGAAGCUGAAUCCAGCUAUAAAAUGACUGUAAAAGCAACAGAUUCCCUAACAGGUGCUCGAGCUGAGGUGACUGUGGAUGUAUCUGUAAAUGAUGUUAAUGACAAUCCUCCAGUUUUUGAAAAAGCUAUGUAUGAAGCAACCCUUUCUGAAUCCUCAAUGGUUGGAACACCUGUGCUGCAGGUUAUUGCUGUAGAUGCAGAUUCUGAAAACAGUAGAUUAGUACGCUAUCAGAUUGUCCAGGACAAUUUAAACAGCACAGACUACUUUCACAUAGACAGCACAAGUGGGUUGAUUCUAACAUCACGCAUGCUGGACUAUGAGCUAAUUCAGCAGUAUAGCUUCAUAGCUAGAGCAACAGACAAUGGCAUCCCGCCAAUGAGCACUGAUGUCCCAGUCAUUGUUUAUGUAAUCGAUAUGAAUGAUAGCCCUCCAGUUUUUAACCAGCUUCUGUACGAGUCUUAUGUAAAUGAACUUGCACCACGUGGUCAUUUUGUAACUUGCGUCCAGGCAUCUGAUGCAGAUAGCUCUGAUGCUGACAAAUUAGAGUAUAGCAUCCUGUCUGGUAAUGAUCAUAUGAAUUUUGUCAUGAACAGCAAAAGAGGGAUUAUUACACUUUCCAACCACCGCAAGCAAAGAAUGGAUUCUGUGUACAACUUGAAUGUCUCUGUAUCAGAUGGCAUUUUUACUAGCACUGCUCAAGUACACAUCAGAGUACUUGGUGCCAAUCUAUACAGCCCUGUCUUUUCAAGCAGUGUUUAUGUGGUGGAACUGAGAGAGAACUCUGCCAUUGGAAGCAAAGUGACUCAGGCAAUGGCUACUGAUGGGGAUUCUGGGGAAUAUGGGACGAUUAACUACCUUAUACUGAAUAAUUUUGCAAGGGAGCGGUUCUCUAUUGAUUCUGAAGGUCAGAUUAUUAUAACUGAAAAGCUAAACAGGGAAGUUCCUCUUGAGAAUGAUAUUGACAUUACAGUGAUGGCAGUUGAUGGUGGUGGUAGAGCAGCAUUCUGCACCGUGAAGGUCAUUCUCGUGGAUAACAAUGACAACGCUCCCCAGUUCAUGGCCUCGGAAUACAGGGCAAGUGUCAAAGCAGAUGUGACAAAAGGGUCCUUGAUCAUCCAAGUCGAGGCUUUUGAUCUGGAUGAAGGAGAAAAUGCUAAAAUCCUAUACUCAUUAUACAGUGACGAUUCAGAUAUUGCAGCAAAUGCAAUAGAAAUUGACCAUGAAACCGGAUGGAUUGUCACAAAGGGAAAUUUUGACCAUUUAAAAAAUACAAUUCUCUCUUUCUUUGUGAAAGCUUCAGAUAGUGGUACCCCUGUGAGGAGUGUUCUCGUUCCUGUUUACUUUCAUGUGCUUCCUCCUGAAACAGUCCUUCCAGCUUUUUUGCAGCACCAGUAUUUAUUCAUGCUACCAGAGGAUGUCCCUAUAGGAAGUACAGUUGGUACAAUCCAAGUUUUGCCUCGUCAGACUGUUCUGUUCAGUAUAAUUAAUGGUGGAUUAUCGAAAAAUAACCAAGAUGGAAUAUUUGUAAUAGAUUCACACACUGGAGUGUUAAAAUUGGACAAGAAACUUGAUUAUGAAGCAACUCCUUUUUAUGAGUUUUUGGUCACAGUAACAGUUCAUAAUGGGAGAACUGACAUAAUUUUGACAACUAAUGUUAAAAUCGAAGUUAUGGAUUUGAAUGACAACAAACCUAUCUUUCAGACUAACCCAUAUGAGGCUGUAGUAAUGGAAGGAAUGCCUAUAGGAACCAAAGUAAUUCAAGUCCAAGCAAUUGACGAAGAUUCAGGAGCUAAUGGACAAGUUGUAUACAAUAUGCUGCCAGCAGCUCAAUCAGAACUUGAAGAGGUUACAGAAAUAUUUGCUAUUGACAGCAACAGUGGGUGGAUUAGAACACUUAAAGACCUUGACCAUGAAAGGCAGCCAGUCUACACUUUUACAGUGGUAGCCUUGGACCAUGGUGAGAUAAUGUCUCUAUCAUCAACAGCAAUUGUUCAAGUAACUGUUACAGACAUAAAUGACAAUGCUCCAAAUUUUAUGAAUGAGAUAUAUAGGGGAUCUGUUAGAGAGAGCGAUUCGCCUGGAGAGGUUGUUGCAGUCCUUAGCACAAGAGAUGAUGACACAUCUGAAAUCAACCGCCAAGUCAGUUAUCAUAUUACAGGAGGAAAUCCUAAAGGAAAGUUUGCCCUUGGCUUGGUGCAAAAUGAUUGGAAAGUCUAUGUAAAGAGACCACUAGAUCGUGAGGAACAGGAUAUUUAUCUACUGAAUAUCACAGCCACCGAUGGGCUUUUUGUAUCAAGAGCAGUAGUUGAAGUUCGAGUGCUCGAUGCGAAUGACAACAGUCCUAUAUGUGAUCAGGUCACCCACACUGAGACAAUUGUGGAAGACAUUACACCAAACAAAGUUAUUCUAAGGAUUGGUGCUCAUGAUGCUGACAUUGGGUCUAAUGCAGAAAUACGGUAUUCUUUGCAUGGAGCUGGCUCAGAUAAAUUUUUCCUGGAACCAGAAAGUGGUGAACUGAAAACAUUAUCAGCUUUAGACCAUGAGGAAACUCAAGUAUAUAAUUUGAUUGCCAGGGCAUCAGAUGGAGGCGGGCGUUUCUGCCAGUCAGGAAUAGUUCUGUUAUUGGAGGAUGUGAAUGACAAUCCCCCUGUAUUUUCCUCCAGUCAUUAUACGAAGUCUGUAUAUGAGAACACAGCAAUAAAGGUUUUGCUGGCAAAAGUUGAAGCAACAGACCCAGAUAUAGGCCCAAACAGAGAUAUAGAAUAUGCACUUGUUGACACUGCUGAAGGAUUUUUUUCCAUUGAUAAGUAUUCCGGAAUCGUCAGUCUGGAAAAGCCACUGGAUAGGGAGCAGCAGGCAUUGUACAAUCUCACCGUCAAAGCCACAGAUCAAGGAAUAUCGUGGAAACUCUCAGCUUUUGCCACAAUUACUAUCAUCGUGCUGGACAUCAAUGAUAAUCCACCAGUUUUUGAGAGGCGAGAUUAUCUAGCCACAGUUACUGAAAAUGUAGACUUGGGAACUGAAAUUUUAGUUUUGUAUGCUGCCAGCAAGGAUAUUGGUGCAAAUGCAGAAAUUACUUACAAUAUUAGAUCUGGUAAUGAACAUGGAAAAUUCAAAAUUGACCCUCAAAAAGGAGCUAUUUCUGUAAUUGAGUAUCUUGACUAUGAGACUUGUAAGGGUUACUACCUUACAAUUGAAGCUAGAGAUGGAGGCUAUCCUUCGCUGAGCGCAUUUACUACCGUAAAUGUCAAUGUAACAGAUGUAAAUGAUAAUGCACCCAAAUUCAGCAGAGAGAUAUACAAUGCCGUUAUCAGUGAAGAUGCAUCUGUUGGAGAUUCCAUAGUUAUGGUUCUGGCAGAAGAUUCUGAUAGUCAAACCAAUGCACAGAUUCAGUUCUCCAUUGUGAAUGGUGACUCAGACAACUACUUCAAUAUUAGUCCAGUCACAGGCUUGAUCAAGGUCAAAGAGCGACUUGAUAGAGAAAAAGUAUCUGGGUAUUCAUUAAUAAUACAAGCCAAAGACAGUGGAACACCUUCCAUGUCAUCUACAGUUAUUGUGAAUAUUGAUGUCUCAGAUAUUAAUGAUAAUCCCCCUGACUUCAUCCCAGCAAAUUAUUCAGCUGUCAUUCAGGAAAAUAAAUCUGUUGGUACCAAAAUCCUGCAACUUUCAGUGACUGACAAGGACUCUUCCCACAAUGGACCUCCAUUCACAUUCACUAUUCUUGCUGGAAAUGAUGGGAAGGAGUUUGUUUUGGAUCAACAAGGAGUUCUGAGAUCUGCAAUUGUAUUUAAACAGAAGGAUGCAACAGAAUACCUUCUGCAUGUGCAGGCUCAAGACACUGGUAAGCCACCACUGACUUCUUUCACCUAUAUUCUUGUUCGUGUGAUUGAAGAAAGCAUUCAUAAACCAACUGCUAUUCCACUUGAGAUUUAUAUUUCCACAAUGGAGGAUGAAUUCCCGGGAGGUGUGAUUGGGAAGAUCCAUGCUACUGAUCAAGAUAUGUAUGACAUCCUUACCUACAGUUUUAGGUCAGACCAAAGAAGUCUGUUCACUAUAAAUAGCCAAGAUGGGAAGAUUAUUGCACUUGGGGGCCUGGAUAGUGGCAAUUAUGUUUUGAAUGUGUCCGUUAGUGAUGGGCGCUUCACCGUGCCUGUUGAAGUUGUAGUUCAUAUAGAGCAGGUGACUCAGACUAUGCUAAACAAUGCAAUAACUGUUCAAUUUGAAAACAUCUCUCCUGAAGAUUUUAUUGGACUUCAUCUCCAUGGAUUUAGGCAGAGCCUUCGGAACAUUAUUGUUGCCCAGAAGCAAGACACUCUUCAUGUCAUUAGUAUCCAGCCAGUCGCAGGCACACAUCAACUUGAAGUUUUGUUGGCAGUGCAAAUGUAUAGAAAUGGGUUCUACAAAUCUGCUUAUUUGAUUCAGAAGCUUAGCAAUGCAAAAAAGGACCUAGAAAAUGGCCUCCAUGUUUCCGCUAUCAUGGAUAAGAGUUGCUCUGGUGAAGAAUGCCAAGACCAGUAUUGUGAACAGAUGAUUGCUCCAGAAACACAGUCCAUGAUGACCUACAGCACUGCAAGAAUUAGUUUUGUGUCUCCCCGAUAUUCCAGGGGUGCAACAUGCACUUGUAAUGGUGAUCUUUGCCCUGUUGUUUCUGAUGUUUGCCAAGAGAAACCUUGUCCAAGUGACAUGCAUUGUGUUAGAGGCGGUGUAGGACGCGGACCAUAUAUCUGUCAGUGUCCACCAGGAAAUCUGGGAGAAUGUUCAGGUCACGCAUCCCUUAGUUUUGCUGGAAACAGUUACAUUAAGUAUCGGGUGGCAGAAAACAGCAAAAGAGAUGAACUGAAAUUGGGACUGCAUUUGAGAACACUGCAGAGUAAUGGAAUAAUAAUGUAUGCAGAAGGAGAAUACUGUGUCAUUCUGAAGAUUGUGGAUGGAAAACUCUGGUUUCAAUUGGACUGUGGUAGUGGGCCUGGCAUUGUGGGAAUUUCUGGCAGAACUGUUAAUGAUGGGAAUUGGCAUACUGUCUUUCUGGAUCUCAACAAGAAUUUCACAAGCCUUGCACUUGAUGACAGCUACGUGGAGCGUCGAUGGGCUCCUUUCAACUUUCAUAUCCUCAGUAUUGACAGCUCCAUCUAUUUUGGUGCCCAGGUGCCAGCUGCUCGUAGCCUGUCAAGCCAGAAGAGCGCACAAGUCCUUGGUGGGUUUCAAGGAUGCCUGGACUCAGUUGUCCUUAAUGACAAUCAGUUGCCACUCCAAAACAAGCGCAGUCAUUUUGCUGAAGUGGUUGGGCUGACAGAACUGAAACUCGGCUGUGUCCUGUAUCCUGACACCUGUGCAAGAGAACCAUGCCAGAAUGGAGGGAGUUGUAUAAGCCAGCCAUCUGGUGGUUAUCAGUGCAGCUGUCUGCCACAGUUUACAGGAAACCAAUGUGAAACUGAAAUCACAGCCUGCUUCCCAAACCCCUGUCAGAACGAGGGCUCCUGUAAUCCAGUGGGCAGUGAUUUUACCUGCGACUGCAAAGAAGGAUUUAUAGGCUUGAUGUGUGAAGAAGACAUUGAUGAAUGUAACACAGAAGAGUGCCAAAAUGGAGGAACGUGCUUAAAUACAUUGGGCUCAUUUCAGUGCAACUGUACUUCAGGAUAUAUAGGGUUCUACUGUGAUCUUAGGCCUGUAGUUGUGCCCAAUAUACAACCUGGACAUCCCUAUAUUGGAAAAGAGGAACUCAUUGGAAUAGCUGUGGUUUUACUAAUUCUAAUGAUAUUAGUGAUACUUUUCGCAAUUUUCCGAAAGAAGGUCUUCAAGAAGCAUACACGUAACAAUAUGACUCUUGUGCAGGACCCUGCAACUGCAGCACUACUUAAUAAACCUAAUGGCAUUCAGUUCAAAGGUAUUCGGAAUAAUGGUGAUAGUCGUAAGAUUUACCAAGAAACUGGAGGUCCUCCCCAAGUGCCAGUUAGGCCAAUGGCGUACACACCAUGCUUCCAUAGUGAUUCGAGAAACAAUUUAGACAAAAUUGAUGGAAUGGGAGUAGAACACCAAGAAAUGAGCACUUUCCACCCUGAUUCUCCUCGACUACUGACUACACGUAGAGGUGUUGUUGUGUGCAGUGUGGCCCCAAAUCUCCCAACAGUUACUCGAUCUGUCUCUGACUGUGAUUCGUUGAGAAAAAAUACCUGGGAUACAGACAGAGAUGGAAAAGUGGACAUUGUUGAGGAUGCAGCAGGCUUUACAGGAAGCACAAAAGGUAGCAAUUCUGAGGUCCAGUCACUCAAUUCCUUCCAGUCUGACUCAUGUGAUGAUAAUGUGGCCCUUAUGGAGGAGGGGCAGAGCUACAACAGAGCAUAUCAUUGGGAUACCUCAGACUGGAUGCCAAGCACUCGACUGCCAAACAUUGAAGAAGUACCGCAUUAUGAAGCAGUUGAUACUGCCCCUGUUCAUCAUGAGAAUGAGAGAUCACUAGAUGCUGACUACUACCUCGGUGGAUAUGACAUAGACAAUGACUUCCCACCCCCUCAUGAUGAGGAAUUCCUGGGCCAGGACCAACUUCCUCCUCCCCUGCCAGAGGAUUACCAGGAUCAAUAUGAGAUCAUCCAACCACCCCAGACAACAUCCGCAUUGAACACUUUAAAUUCCAAUGGCCGCAGAAGACCACACUUCCAUCCCAGCCAGUAUCUUCCACCUCACCAGUUGCCAACAGAAGGAGAAGCUGUUGGUGUCCAUGGUGAGACAGACUAUGGUGCAGGUUCAAACCAAGACUUGGAGAAAGUGAUUAGCGACAAUAUAUCAAUGCCCAUACUCACAUCGACAAAUGCAUCAUCUUCAGAUAUGUCGAUGAGCUGUGGUUGUGAUGAUUCUGAAGUAGUGAUGAGUGACUACGAGAGUGGCGAAGAGCUUAAUUUUGAUAAUAUUCAUAUCUCUUUUGUAGAAUCUCAGUACCAGACACAAGUGUGACUACUGCUAUAUGGGCCAGAUCAGAGCUAAUAAUUCAACAACGCUGAGAAUUAAGUGAUGCAAUGACAGGAAGUUGAAGAGCUUUCUAUUGCAUUUUUACAUCCAUAAGGAUUGAUGGACAAAGUAAUUAGAAUGAGUUUUUUCUGCUAAUUGGGUACUAAUUUCAUGAUAUAAUACCCACAACAGACUCCUUCUAAUGUGGCUACAAAUAAGAUUUUUUUAAAUAAAUGAAGCCAAUUCAUGAUAGUCAUGAUAUGGUUCCAAGCUGAGUCACCAUUGGAGCUGGAAGUGCAGAAAAAUACUACAUUUAUUAUCAUUGAUGAAAUUCUAAAGUAUUGUUCCUGUGGAAACUCAUUUGAUACUGUAGGAUUAAGUGAUCUUCUGAUUCUAUUAAAUAUUAAUCAAACAGUCACAGUCUGUGUAGGCAAUUCCUAAAUGUAAUGCCGAAGAGACAAAGUAACUAAUAAUGGCACUUUCUUAAAAUAAUAUGAAUUAAAUCACUGGAUAGCCAACUACCUGUACAUUGCUACAGUCCAGUAACAAACUGAUAAGGCAUCAAUUGUCUAGACGGUUCUUCAGGAGAACGGCAGUACAUGUUUAGCAAUCCAUCCUUCAAUGUUUAAUUCUGUUCGUUUACUUUCUUGCUAGUUACAGUAUCAAUCAUGGAAUGUAUAUUUGUGCACAGUCCUGAAGUAAUUGACUGACUGCAAUAAGUUAAAGCAAUGGAGUGAAGCAGAACAGCUACCACUAAGAAAUGGAACCUACCUAAAGUACCUAACAAAAAUGAAGCUUCCGCCUCUUCUCCACUUCUAAAAAUGAUCUAAUUGUCAUAGCAUUUUUACCAUGUCUUAUUCCUAUAUCAAAGCACAUAGAAUUUAAUGUGAGAUAACAAUCUGCUACAUAACACUUGUAACUACAGUGGGCUAGUUUAUUUCAAUGUUAAAACAGAUUUGAAGGGGCGAGAGAACUUUUAUUCCAAACUCAUAUGUGAGUUUGGGGAAGAUGGUGGUGCAGUGGUAAUGUCAUUGGGCUAGCAAUGCAGAGGUCCAAGCUGGUACUCCGGGGCCACGUAAUCAAAUCCCACCAUGGCAGCUGGUGGUGCUUAAAUUCAAUUAAUAAAAUCUAGAAUUGGAAGCUAGUCAGUAAUGGUGACCAAGAAACCAUCAACGAUUGUUGUAAAAACCCAUUUAGUUCACUAAUGUCCUUUAGGGCAUCCUUACCUCACUCUUAUGUGUCCUCUGAAAUGGCAUGGCAAGCCAUUCAAUUCUAGGGCAGUUAG